GGACGGCGCUCCCCGCGGCGCGGGCCCGCAGCCGGGCGCCCCGCACAGCCCGCGCCAGCGGCCGCCGCACCCAGCCGCGCCGGCGAGGACAUGGGCAGCCGCGGCGCGCCGGCCCCCCGCGCCGAUGUGAAUUAUUAAAAAGAAAAUGGCCCGAUGGUGCCCUGUAUUUCCUUCUCUCGUCACCGAGGAAAGGCGAGUUAGAACCAUGCCCCGACACAGCCAGUCCCUGACCAUGGCACCCUACUCAUCUGUAAGCCUAGUGGAACAACUGGAAGAUAGAAUCCUCUGCCACGAGAAAACAACCGCUGCCCUUGUGGAGCACGCCUUCCGGAUUAAAGACGACAUUGUCAGCAGUUUGCAGAAAAUGCAGAACAAAGGGGGAGGUGACCGCCUGGCCAGGCUUUUCUUGGAGGAGCACAUCAGAAACAUCACUGCCAUAGUGAAGCAACUCAAUCGGGAUAUUGAGGUACUCCAGGAGCAGAUCCGGGCCCGGGACAACAUCAGCUAUGGAACUAAUUCUGCCUUAAAGACUCUGGAGAUGCGUCAGCUCUCCGGUUUGGGAGACCUUCGGGGGAGAGUGGCAAGGUGUGACGCCAGCAUAGCCAGACUCUCUGCAGAGCACAAAACGACUUAUGAGGGGCUCCAGCACCUGAACAAAGAACAGCAAGCUGCCAAACUUAUCUUGGAAACAAAAAUCAAAGACGCAGAGGGGCAGAUUUCUCAGCUUUUGAACAGAGUGGACUUGUCGAUAUCAGAGCAAAGCACCAAACUGAAGAUGUCCCACAGAGACAGUAACCACCAGCUGCAGCUUUUGGAUACGAAAUUUAAAGGUACGAUUGAGGAGCUCAGUAAUGAGAUUUUAUCUGCACGGAAUUGGUUGCAACAGGAACAAGAACGGAUAGAAAAAGAACUUUUACAGAAAAUCGAUCAGCUUUCCUUGGUUGUUAAGGAAAACAGUGGAGCCAGUGAAAGGGACAUGGAGAAGAAGCUGAGCCAGAUGUCAGCCAGACUUGACAAAAUAGAAGAGAGUCAGAAGAAGAAUAUGGAGGUGCAGAGAACAAAACAGGAAGAGGAGAAGGUUCAUGGGCGCAUCAGCAAGCUGGAGUUACAGAUGAAUGAGGACAUGAAGGAAAUGAAGGCAGAAGUUGACGCUGGAUUUACAGCCAUCUAUGAAAGUAUAGGAUCCCUCAGGCAAGUUCUUGAAGCCAAGAUGAAGUUGGACAAGGACCAGCUGCAGAAGCAAAUCCAACAGAUGCAGAAGCCAGAAGGUCCCAUGUGAAGGGGGCUGGGACAAGGACCUCAAACGUGGUUUUGCUCGUGGGGCUAGAGCUAGAUACCUGUGUAGCCAGGCUGUCACUGCAUUCGGGAUUGUUCUACUCAUGGCGUGCAUGUGCCAAGAAAUGUGUUUUCAUGGGUCUAAGCGUUUACCUUGAGUCUCAAAAACACUUUUUUUAAAACUAUGAAAUACAACUUUUACCACUUUAUUCCACUUCUCUAAAUUCAAUGGAAUAUCCUCCCCGCCCCUGGAUUUUGAAAGGCUUUUAUCCCCUUCAUUUUAUGAAUGAAAAGACUUAACUUUCCUUCAAUGCCUGACGCUCUAGCCAAGACUUUACUAUUUUGAAAAAUGUCAUGGUGAUUUUUUUAAAAUUAAGAAACUAAUGAAUUAUCACAGGAAUGUGUUUCUCCUUCCCCUAAAUUAAGAGAAUGUCCUGGUAGAUUAGAAUUCAACCUUUUAGUCCAUAUUUGGAUUUUAUGAUUGUUAUCUGUGCAUUUCUUAUAAGGUUAUCUUCUUGUAAAUCUUCUGUCUUUUGUAGAGACAAGGGAUUUAACAUUUGGAAACCCCCUUCAUCAUUUACGCGAUGAAAAAAGCUUAAAAAUUGAUAACUGCCAUAUACAUUGCAGAUUAAAAUGGAAACUUAAGACAAUUAUCUAGAUAAUGCAAGGCACAAUAUCUACAGUGACCACCUAAUUAAGCCAGGUUUUAAUAUUGAAAACUUUUUUCAACUAUCCACAGCCUGUAUAGUGAUAGCCAUAUAUUUAAUAAUGGAAUGGUGGUUGAUAGUCUGUUUAUUGCACAAUUAAUCGUUUGUUAAUCAUAAUAGGAUGUGAGAAUUUUUCAGGCUUUAUGAUCUCCUCUCUAAAUGUUUCCAAAAUUGGCACAAAGUGCUAAGGUUUAUAUACACUUAUUGUAACUGUAUUCUUGUGCCUUGGUUUUACCACGUCAAUGCACUGUAUCCUAUAAAAGUUUUACAGACAAAAUAGAAGGCAUGAUAAUACAUCAGAAUUAUGAUGUAAAAAUGGGAUCCUUUGUAAUUUUUAAAUGUUCUGAAAAUUUUAUCACUGUUAAGACAUUAGUCAUUCAGUAUUAUUAAUGGAAUAGAAAUUCAUACUUUUGUAUGGACAGAGAAUCAAAUUGAUAUUGCAUUUAUAACACUGUCAAGAACCUUUCAUUUUGAGCAGCUUUGUAGAGGAUGGGUGUUUUAUUUUCAAUCUCCGUAUUUGACUAGUCAUUGAAAAUUGGUGCCAGUGAAGUUGUUGACCCGUGGAUGUAAAACCUGAUGGUGAGACACACACUGUCCUAAACUGUGAGGGUGCCCAGGAAAAGGAAGACCAUUCUUGAAAAUUUAAAAAAAAAAAAUUGUGUUUUGUUGUUUGCCAAGGACUCAGGAAAAUUAAAGCAUUUUCUAUUUUUAGGAUAACUCAUAAAUGAAUUAUAUAACUGGCUAUUACUGUUUACCCAUAUAAAAUAUGCUGCUACACUACACAGUAUUUUACCUUCUUUGGCUUGACAAAAAAAUGUUUUUUUAAUUAGACCUGAGGAAUCAUCUAAGGAAUGUGUCAUCCAACACGUAUUUCCUUAUUUUGUCACAAAUCUUUGCAUCUCUCUCUAUAGGAAGAUUAUUUCCAUUUGACAAUGAAAAAAAAAAAGGUUAGUGCUCAUUUGCAACCAGAAAGUGAAUUUCUUUCUGUGAUAGAAUAACCACAUUUAGUACAGUUUCCCCUGUUUACGCACAAGCCACAGCACAGAGAAUCACGCGUCCUCCGGUGUCUCUCUCCUCUGCGGUCUCUGAGGAGGAAGAGUCAGCACAUGUGACACUUGGGAAGAGGGACGGGGGGCCAGCUGGACUCGGGUUGUGGGGUGACGUGAGCAGGCGACGGUUGGAUGUCCGCUGGAAUUGCUUGGGUGCUCCUGAUGCUGCCAAGCUCAGGCCAUGAGCUCCAGCAGGGUCCCCCACCCUGGCCACAUGUUGGAAUCACCCGCGGAGUUCAAAAAGCUAUUGAUGCCUGGGCUGCCCCCCUAGACCAAUUAAGCCAGAACCUCUGGGAGGAGGGAGGCAGACAUCAGUAAGGUGUCAAAGGCCCCCUGGUGAUUCAAAGGGCGCUGAGGUUGUAAGCCACUGAGCUACAGCGUGCUCUUAUGACCAAAGUUUAAAUGAGGAUCAGCUUCCGUGUUCUUUCCUUUACCAGAAAUUUGCAAUAAAAAGAAUAAAAUUUCCAAAUAAAUGUGGUGUAUGAUUUUUAAACUUAAAAGUUUUUUUAGAGUGAGGCAACCUACUGGGAACUGGAAAGUCACGGGGAGCUGCUCCAUCUGUGGGUCUUCAAGGCUGGAAUAAUGCCAGCUGGCAGUUCCUACUGUGCAUGUGUGCCUGUGCCGUGAACUUGGUGUGUGUUCACUCAGUUCAUUAUGGUGAUGAGUUAAGGACUACUCACUUUCCCAUUUUACAGAUGAGAAAAAUGGGUCACCUAAAGGUUGGGCAACUUGCCCCAAGUCCCGCAGCUGGUAAGUGGGAUCCUCAAUUCAAACCAGGCAGCCUCCUUCCACUCUCUGGGCACCUAACAAGUACACCACUGUCCCACCUCUAAAGAUACAGCCUUGCUUCCCACAUAGCUGACUUGCCAGCCCACCGACAACAGCUCCAUCUCUACAUGACCUUACAGCUCCACCAUCCGAGGCCUUUUGCUCUUUAAUGCCCUAGUUCCAAGCACCCGAGAGAGGCACCUUACUAGCUUCACUUGGGUCCACUAGCUUCCUCUGGUUUAUCAGUGGAAGCAACAGAGGCGGGGCCAUUUGGUGCCAUAGGACGGUAGGGUCCCAGACACUUCGUCCCCUGUGCUUGGGCCGUCCUAGGCAGUGGACUGGGGUUCUGUGCGUUGGGAGAUGAGUUAUGUUAGGUGGCUUUCAGCUAUUCAGCCUGGAAAAAAAACCCCACAAACCACUCAUGACAUCCUGGAAACUCAAUGAUAACUAUAUGGGGUUCUGUCACUGCCCUCUUCUCGCUGUGUGACCUUGGGCAGUUCUCUUCACCUUUCUGAAUCUCAGUUUUCUCAUCUGCAGAGUGGAGAUUAUAAUUAUAUAAAAGAAGUGGCUCACUUAUAAUUUUUGAAAUGCUGAAGUAGUUAAUGCAAAAUUGGGUAUUAAGUGGUGAAAUAUGGGAUAUGGGCGGGGAGAUGGUGGUGGUGGGACAUAGCAGGUAAAUGGAGGGUCCAUGUGUUGGUUGAGAGCAUCCCAUUACCUGCUGGGAUCACUUAUGGGAAGUGACUCUAACCUCCAAAGAUAAGUGAUAUCCCGCCUGAAACACAGAAGAGCAGCUUGGAUGCAGAGAUAAGUAGACAGGACCAGACUGGGUCAGUCCCUGAAUCUGGGGAAGCGCUGGGCAGAACCACAGGCUAGUUAGUCUCAUCCUUGGGGCAGGCGUGACUUCUCCAGGACUCAGCCUGGGAGAAGCCACAUCCACUGAGGGGCCAGUGUUGAGAGGGCUGGGAAGGUGGGGUAAGACCCAGAAGGUGACAACAACUCAAGUGUACAUUGAUGAAUGAAUAAGCAAAUGUGGUAUAUACCUACAAUGGAAUACUAUGCAGCCAUAACAAGAAAUUCUGACACAUUAACAGCAUGGAUGAAUCUUGAGGAGGUUUUGUUGUGUGAAAUAAGCAAGUCACAAAAGGACAAACCUUGUAGAUUUCCACUUGGAUGAGGUACAUAGAAGAGUCCAAUUCAUAGAAACAGAGUAGCCUGAUAGGUGCCAGGGGCUCAGGGGUGGGGUGGGGAAUGGGGAGCCAGUACCAAAUGGGUCCAGAGUUUGAGUUGGAGAAAAUGAAAAACUUCUCGGAUGGUGGUGAUGGUUGCAACAAUGUGAAUGUACUCAAUGACACAGAACUGUACAUUUAAAAAUGGUUAAAUUACUAAAAUGUACACAUAUCUUAUCACAACAAAAAAUAGGAAGUGGAUUCCUAAGCCCUCCAGUUGAGCCUUCAGGUGAGACUGCAGCCCUGGCAGCUUUAAUGCAACCUCAUGAGAGAUGUUAAACCAGAGGUUACCCAGCUAAGCCAUGUCCACACGUCUGACCCACAGAUGCCGCGAGAUGAUAAAUUUUUGUUGUUUUAAAUUGCUACGUUUUGGGUUAAUUUGUUAUAUGCAGCCAUAGAUCACUGAUGCGCUGGCACUGUGUAAUCUUGACAGAGCUAUUUUGUGGAACUGCUCAUUGCUUGUGCUACAAAUUACAUGUUUACAUAUAUAAUCUCAUACACUUUCUGAGCAAGACAUGAUCUUUAAAAACUUAUACUGAAUGGCAUAUAUACUUUAUCCCAUUUAAUCUUUGUAAUUACCCUACUUGGUGUGUACUAUUAUUUCCAUUUUGUGGAUGGAGCAGAGAGAGAGGUUAAAUAUUGACUAAUAUUGCAGUUGACUCUUGACCAACACAGAUUUGAACUACGCAAUCCACUUACAUGUGGAUUUUUUAAUACAGUACAGUACUGUAAAUGUAUUUUCUCUUCUUUAUGAUUUUCUUAAUAAAAAUUUUUUUUCUAGCACA